AUGUAUCACAUACUCAGAAUUAUACUGUACAAGCUGUGGGUUUUAUCAACAUUUACUUUGUUUUCUAGUUUUGUUGUGUUUUGGUUUUAUGGAUUUGUGACAGCUUUCGCCGUUUUCGUUUUGGGAAUAUCAGGUAUUUUGUACAGUGCACAAGAUCUACUACUGUAUUAUCCAAAUGAUCCUCCAGACUCCAGAGUGUUUGUCCUCCAACCAAGCAACUAUAAGCUGCCCUACGAAAGUAUCAAGAUAAAAAACAAAGAUGGCUUCAAAAUUCACAUGUUCCUCAUCAAACAAACAUCCAAUAGUAAUCACAAACCAACAAUGGUGUUUUUUCAUGGAAAUGCUGGUAAUAUGGGUCAAAGAUUAUCAAAUGUAUCAGGGUUUUAUCACAAGUUAAACAUCAAUAUUCUCAUGGUGGAAUACAGAGGAUAUGGACUUUCUGAGGGUGCACCAAAUGAAAGUGGACUGUACAUUGAUGCACAAUCUGCAAUUGACUACAUAAUACAACGGACUGAUAUUGAUCGGACUAAAAUUAUUGUAUUUGGAAGAUCAUUAGGUGGAGCAGUUGCAAUCGACUUGGUAUCGAGGUUGGAAUACAGGAAUAAAAUUUGGGCAUUAGUCGUUGAGAAUACAUUCACAAGCAUACCAGACAUGGCGCAGAUCAUACUGAAGUGGAAAUGUUUAACAUGGCUGCCUCAAUUUUGUCAUAAAAAUAAGUAUAUGUCCUUGAAGAAAAUUGGUCACAUUUUAACACCCACCUUGGUGAUUUGUGGAUCGAAUGAUGCACUGGUCCCUCCGGCUAUGGCCCAAGAGUUGUACAUUAGGUGCGGCGCGCUCUGCAAAAAAUUAGUCGUUUUGCCGGGCGGGGGCCACGACGACACGUGGACUUGCAGAGACUAUUACUCUUCUAUCCAACAGUUCUUAGUAAAUGUCCCCGCUUUGCCUGAAGACAUCAUCCCUUUCUUUGACGACGUAUCAAAAAAUCCCACCAGAAGCAGUUUAGUACACACCGUGUAGACUAAUUUAUUAUUGAUUUGGGUUUUUAAGAUAAUAGAAAGGAAAGGUUAAAUUGUCCGUGUGUAGUCUGGUUAUGGUGGCGUGGCUGCUAGGAAUUCUUGCAUGACAUAGGUACGUCUGGUCUCUAGUCUCUGAAUUUUAUUUUGCUCUGCUGUGCAUUUGAAGUAUAUAUUAUGAUUGUUUUGUUUUUAAUUAU